GUGAGGAAGUGCCGGCCCGCUGAAGCUGUGGGGACGCGCCCAGCGGAGCGAAUCAGAUGCCACUGAACUGAAGGGGUGAACUAGAGGAGAAGAGGGUGACUGGGCGGGGAGCAGCUGCGGGAGAAGCAAAGGGACGACUGAAGGGAUAAUCAGGAGACCACUGAGGCGUGAAGUACCGGAGGUGCGAUAACUGAAGGGGAUUACCUGGCUGGUGUUUGGUUGUUCUGUGGUGAUCUUCUAACUGGAAAAGAACUAUGUCAUGGAUCAAGGAAGGAGAGCUGUCACUUUGGGAGCGGUUCUGUGCCAACAUCAUAAAGGCAGGCCCAAUGCCGAAACACAUUGCAUUCAUAAUGGACGGGAACCGUCGCUAUGCCAAGAAGUGCCAGGUGGAGCGGCAGGAAGGCCACUCACAGGGCUUCAACAAGCUAGCUGAGACUCUGCGGUGGUGUUUGAACCUGGGCAUCCUAGAGGUGACGGUCUACGCAUUCAGCAUUGAGAACUUCAAACGCUCCAAGAGUGAGGUAGACGGGCUUAUGGAUCUGGCCCGGCAGAAGUUCAGCCGCUUGAUGGAAGAACAGGAGAAACUGCAGAAGCAUGGGGUGUGUAUCCGGGUCCUGGGCGAUCUGCACUUGUUACCCUUGGAUCUCCAGGAGCUGAUUGCACAAGCUGUACAGGCCACAAAGAACUACAACAAGUGUUUCCUGAAUGUCUGUUUUGCAUACACAUCCCGUCAUGAGAUCAGCAAUGCUGUGAGAGAGAUGGCGUGGGGGGUGGAGCAAGGCCUGUUGGAUCCCAGUGAUAUCUCUGAGUCUCUGCUUGAUAAGUGCCUCUAUACCAACCACUCUCCUCACCCUGACAUCUUGAUACGGACUUCUGGAGAAGUGCGGCUGAGUGACUUCUUGCUAUGGCAGACCUCUCACUCCUGCCUGGUGUUCCAGCCUGUUCUGUGGCCAGAGUAUACAUUUUGGAACCUCUUCGAGGCCAUCCUGCAGUUCCAGAUGAACCAUAGCGUGCUUCAGCAGAAAGCCCGAGACAUGUAUGCAGAGGAGCGGAAGAGGCAGCAGCUGGAGAGGGACCAGGCUACAGUGACAGAGCAGCUGCUGCAAGAGGGGCUCCAAGCCAGUGGGGACGCCCAGCUCCGAAGGACACGCUUGCACAAACUCUCGGCCAGACGGGAAGAGCGAGUCCAAGGCUUCCUGCAGGCCUUGGAACUCAAGCGAGCUGACUGGCUGGCCCAUCUGGGCACUGCAUCAGCCUGAGUGGGGCUGGUCACCUGCCACUUUGCCCUGCCCUCUGCCUCCAGGGCCCGACUCCCCUUCCUUUUCUUGGUGAAAGGCAUCUCCUUUCCUGAUAAUGAAUUAUGUUCCCUUUGCUUGGCUGGGGAGCGCCCCCUAGGCCAGGUCGGCUGGCCAUAGAUACCUUUGGGAUGCCUGGGACAGGCUCCUGGGGAGGAUUGAGGGUGAAAGUCUCCUACGAGUACACUAAACCCAGGUCUGGUCACCAAUAGGGUUUGGAGACAAAGGGCCCCAACUCAUCAGCUGCCUGUGUCUUAGAUGCACUUUCUUUUUCCACCAGCACAUCCUUCAACACAGAAUUUCAGGGAAGAGUUCUCCCCAAAACCCUAGCUCUUUACCCAUCCAUUUUAGCCUUCCACCCAGCUUCCACAAAAGAUUUGGCUCUACCUUGGAUCUGCUAGUAAAUAACUAAUAGGCAGCCAGUUAUUUGGGUAAGGAAAAAAGGGGCGGGAGAGACAGAAAGAAAAUUUGCCCAUCUGCUGCUCCUCCCCCUUGGCUCUCCACCUGGGAUUUGCUAUUGAAUCUCUACCCCCCUCCCACCGUGCAGUACUGAUUGCUCACUGAAAGACUCAGCACCCCCAAUGGUGUGCGGAAGCCAGGCGGGCGAUUACAAUCCAAUUACCUAUUGUCGACUCAGCCCACACAAGCUUUUCUCCUCCUCUUGCAGGGCAUGGGGCCAGGCUCCACUCCCAAGUGAGACUGGCCCCUUCCAUGGUAUAGGGUAACAGAAGGGCCUGUAGGCCCUGGUGAAUCGAAUCCAGCACAGGCCUUCUCCCCUGUAAGACAACAGGACUGAGCAGAACCAAACACUUCUCCCAACUGACUCUGCUCCCUGCCCUCACCAUCUCAAACUCUGAUUCCCACUCCACUCUUCGAGGUUUCUCUCAGCUUUUUGAUCUGGCUCCCGAUUUAUUCUUGGCAUGGCAAAGCUUGUUCUAGGUCCUCUGCUUGUGAGGGUCAAAGCUGUGUCCUUUUCCUUACCUCCCUCUGCCAGGACUUGCUGCAGAGCUGCUGAGAGGAUUAGUGCCUUUGAAGAGCUGUCUGCCUGAGCAACUCCAUUUCAGGUGCCCCACACGGGCAAGUACCAGCCAGCAACACCAACCAAAUGCUACUCUCUUUAGUAAAGUCCAUUUUACUUUUUUUUUUGAGACAGAGCCUCACCCUAUCCUGGCUGGUCUCGAACUCAUGACCUCAGGUGAUCCGCUGGCCUCACCCUCCCAAAGUGCUGGAAUUACAGGCAUGAGCCACUGUGCCAGACUUCCCAUUUUACUUUCUGCAAGCUGUUUCCCUAGCAGCUCCCUCUAGGGGAGAGGUGAGAUCUUGCAAGCAGUAGUAAGAGCACACAGGAAACCCCUAACUUUCCUAUACCCCAACCCUCUCUUCCCCUUUCUGUCCCCGAAUACCUGGCGGCAAGAGACCUCUUGGCUAUUGUCCUUGCUCCCAGAAUCAAGCAUAAAUGCCAGACAAGGCGAUUGAGAAGCCAAUCAGUGCACCCUUUGGCAAGCCCCCAUCCACACCUGGCACUCCCCUCUACCAAUCCCUGGCACAGGGUUCCUGGAGAGCAGGUGCUGUACAUUUUCCAGCUUUACAAUGGGGCUGUUGACAGCCAUAAUUAGGAAGGCAUGAAUUAUGCGGCUAUAAUGCAGAGCCCUACAAUUAAGGCGGGAAUGAGGAGCUGGAGGCAGCAAACGGAAUCUGCCCUAUGAGCGUGGCUGUUGAAUCCUGUCUCCUGGGUCUGACUUUCCGUAAUAUGAUUGGGGUACAGUAGAGGUGAUUAAUGGGGCUGGCAUCUCUCUUUGGCCUGAGGUUCCCCUAUUCUGGGAAAGGUACAGAGGGUGGAGUAGGGAGAAGCCGCCCCAGGAGGCGGUGGUAGGGCUGGAAAGAAGAGGCAGAGAGGUCGUCGUCGUCGCCCAGCAGGAAGGGCUGCAAAACAGUUGAACUCCUGGUUGCUUUGGACAUAUAUGAUUUGUACAAGCCAGGUUCAACCGUUGCCUCAAGAAAUCAGAUGGGACCAAUUUAGUGUCCUUCCACCUGUAAGCCAAGCCCCCAUUUGAGGACAUCUAUCGUAUUGUGUUCUGGGUUUCAAAUAGAAUUUUUAAAGAUCCUUAGAUGUAAAACUUGUUUGCUAACUGCAACGGAAGAACACCUUGUUUUGCUGCUGCAAUUGCCUACCCUCCCUCAGGUGCACUUGGCUAGCUCCAAGACCCUGGCUUUGGACUAGGAGGCACUGGAAGAGCCCUUUUGCCAUCACACCACCUGUUCCUCUACUUGUUUCCUAAUUCCCGGGCGCUUUCCUCCACCCUCCUUUUCCUCGCGCAAGUGAAAGGCAGCCAGCUUGACAGUGUGGAAGGAGGGAUUUCGCCAGCUGCGGCUGCAGUGCCCAGGCUUGGUGGCCGCGUCGGGUGGGGGCAGCUGGGCUAGAUGUCUCCGAGGGGGGUAGAGUUGUAGGGGGAGGGGAGCGCUGGUAGACCUCGGCGGCCGCUCUCCACCAUACUGUGACAGGGUCUGGAGGUUUGGGGAUAUAGGGGCCUUAAGGGAGCCACCCGACAGGCGUUGGGGGUGGGGGCUUCGAUAGUAUUUGGGGAGACGGCUGCGCAACGGGUGCUGAAAGGACAGCUCCUACCUGCCCCACGACACCCAAAAGGCACCUCUGCACGGAAAGUCUCCCCCUGAAACCCCUAGCCCACCUCGAGUGGGACCGUCUUUCAGGUGAGGUGCACGAAAGGCUUUCCCGAAGUGGCAGCUCGGAAGGAUGCACGUCCGGCUGCACCAAGCUGACUUCCCCGCCUUUUUCCCACUUCGGCGUCAGCCUGGGCCCUGGGAACUGCAGCCUGUGCCUCCAGCCGCGCGCUUCCUUCUGCCUCCAGUGGAGCAGGGCAGUGCAGCCAGGCCUCGCAAACCCCUCUUCUGGGGCCCCCAGCGGGAGCAGGAAGGAAAGCCGCUGAGAUGCGCCCUGAGUGUCGCAUGGCUUGGAGAAGUGGGUUGCUGGGUUGCAUAAGGUGGAAGGAACUUGCUAGUUUGCAAAAGACAGCUCUUGGCGGGAGCCGGAACCCCGAGCCCGCCGACUCGCGCACCCCUCCUCAUUUACUGCCUUCGACGCGCGCCUCCCCGACUGCGCCCCCACCCCCUCGGCGCGCCGCCGUCUUGCGCGCACUACCCCCCCCCCACACACCCCCCUCCUCACUCCCUCCAGAGGAGGUGAGUUUAAACCCCGCCCACGUGACCCCAGCUGGGCCAAUGAACGGCGGCGGGAGGUGAAAUCCGGUUCUAACCGGUCCGGGGCUCCCAGCGCUAUAAAAACUUUAUAAACCCCCCGGAGCCCGAGCAGUGUGAAGAAGAAGAGGCGAGAACGACCCCCGGACCGACCAAAGCCCGCGCGCGCUGCAUCCCGCGUCCAGCACCUACGUCCCGCCGCCGUCGCCACCAUGCCCAAGAGAAAGGCUGAAGGGGAUGCUAAAGGAGAUAAAGCCAAGGUGAAGGACGAACCACAGAGAAGAUCCGCGAGGUUGUCUGCUGUAAGUGUAUGCUUUUGAAUUUUCGUAUUUGUCCCUGAACCAAAAAAUAUCAAAAAACAAUUCCCUUCGCUUCCCAUGAGUUAUGGUUAGUGCCUGGUUUUGAAUGAUUGCCUCCACUUGGGACUCUUGCCCCUUUGGGUUUUGCUGGUUCUGAAAUUCUGAUGCCUGGAGCCAAAGUGGGACAUUUGAGUGGGCUUCUGGAGAUCCAGCAUUCUAGAAGAAAGCCAGCCACAAAAACUUUGAGGAGGAGGAGAAACUUCUCUGCCUUUGGUACUUUUGGUUGGUUGGUUGGUCGGUCGUGGGUGGUUUUCUUCAGUCCAUUGUACUGAUGUUCCAUUUUUCCUCUCUUCCUGCCAAAAAAAGAAACCUGCUCCUCCAAAGCCAGAGCCCAAGCCUAAAAAGGCCCCUGCAAAGAAGGGAGAGAAGGUACCCAAAGGGAAAAAGGGAAAAGCUGAUGCUGGCAAGGAGGGGAAUAACCCUGCAGAAAACGGAGAUGCCAAAACAGACCAGGCACAGAAAGCUGAAGGUGCUGGAGAUGCCAAGUGAAGUGUGUGCAUUUUUGAUAACUGUGUACUUCUGGUGACUGUACAGUUUGAAAUACUAUUUUUUAUCAAGUUUUAUAAAAAUGCAGAAUUUUGUUUUACUUUUUUUUUUUUUUAAAGCUAUGUUGUUAGCACACAGAACACUUCAUUGUUGUUUUUGGGGGAAGGGGCAUAUGUCACUAAUAGAAUGUCUCCAAAGCUGGAUUGAUGUGGGGAAAACACCUUUCCCUUCUAGUUUUGAGAGACUUCCUCUUGGUUCCCAGGAGGAGGGAUUCCCUACUUUGACACACAUGGCCAUCUUGGCACAAAAGCCUUGUGGUAUGGAAAAACAAAUUUGUUUUUAUGUCCUCUUCUCCCUUUCCAUCUUUCAGCAUAGACUUAACUCCCUUAAGCCCAGACAUCUGUUGGGACCUGACCCCUAGUCAGUGGUUACCAGUGUGUCAGGCAAUCUGGACUUUCCAGUGAUGCCACUGAGAUGGCACCUGUCAAAACAGCAUGGUUCCAUUUCUAGAUUGUGGAUCUUCAGAUAAAUUCUGCCAUUUUCAUUUCACUUCCUGAAAGUCAGGGUCGGCUUGUGAAAAGUUGUUAAACAACAUGCUAAAUGUGAAAUGUCAACCCUCACUCUAAACUUUCCCUGUUCAGAGCAUCAGAUGAAGACUUCAUUGGGUUUUAUAGUGGCUUUCUGAUUUUUGGUAGUCCAUUGAAGAAGGGAGUUUGAAAGUUGUUGUAUACUGUUAACGAUUGUCUGCCCAUGUCCUGCCUGAAAUACCAUGAUUGUUUAUGGAAAGUAUCUUUAAUAAAGCUGGAUACAGUUUGGCUUGGAA